AUGGAUAGUGAGACAAGGACGUUCUAUUAUAUUGUUAUUGUUUGGGUGCUUCUGGUGCUUCUAGGUGCUUUGAUGCAAAGAUGCUGUGCAUAUCGUGAUAUUCAAACUGUUUACACCAAUUACUUAUAUGGGGACACCGGACCGCCUAAUGAUCUUUUUUCUCAAGGAAACGGAGCUGGAAACACAGAGAGUUAUGUCAGAUCUUCGGAGAUUUUCAGAACUCGCUCUGAACAAGGAGAACCUUCAGUGAAAACAAAUGAGUUUGAUAAACCUCCAAGUUAUAAUGAAGAUCUCCCCACUUACAUACAGGCCAUCGAGAUGGAAAGAAAAAUGAAUAUAGGGAAAAAUAAUAAGGCCCCAAAUCUGAAGGAAAUCAAAUUCAAAGUGUGAGUGGUGCGGUUAUUCAAAAUUUAUUGCGCGAAUUUUACUCCUGGUACAAAUCUACCAUGGUUGGAAAAUUUAUAGUUUUUCUUCAAGGGAUCGUUGUGUGAACAAUUUUCUUGAAGUGAAUUUUGUGAAUAGAAGGUGUAUGAUAUGUUCUUUAUACGAUUGGUAGUUUUAAUUCUAGGAAAUAUUGUGGUUAUCGUAAAUUAUCAAUAAGUUGAUACAUAUUUGAUUUAAA